CUUCCGGGCCUCCUCGGCUUUCAGUGGUUUGGGCGCGAAUUUCUCAGCGUUUGGCUCCUUGGAGUGUUCAAGAGGCACCUUUGACCGUGCUCACCCUGUGCGCCUCUGUAGAGCCCUAGACCGAGAGAUUUCGUUUCCACGAAUUUCAGCAAACCGGUGAGGAAAACAAGACAGCUGAGGAUGCCUCCCUGUUUCCUACUAAGGAUUUUUUGAAGCACUGUUAUGAUUGUUCUGUUUAAUCAAGAUGUCUAACAAAGCAGGUGCUUCCAAGAAAAGAUCUCAACAGUUAAAAAGAAACCCAAAAAGAAAAAUUGAUGAUGAGGAAGUAGAGUUACCAAAGAAAAAGGUUAGAAACACGGCAAAAAAUAAAAAUCCAAAGCAUCUGCCUUUUGAAGGACAAACCGAGUUUACUAAUCUAAGACAGGUAAAUAUAGCAUCCAACAAAAGAAAAACCUGGCAACCUCUUUCAAAAAGUAGCAGAGAGCAUUUACAAACUAUGAUGGAAUCAGUAAUAAUAGCAGUUUUGAGCAACAAUAUUAGAGAACAUGAACAAGUUCAGUAUCAUCUUAACUAUCUGAAGAAAAGAUUGCUACAACUGUGUGAAACUCUUAAAGUCCCUCCCAAAAAGCUGAAAGACUUAACCAGUGUGUCAAGUCUACUGAAAAUGGAAAGGACACAGCACAGAGCUAAUGAAGAAGGUCUGGCAUUAUUGCAGGAAGAAAUAGAUAAAAUACUAGAGACCAUAGAGUCAAUGACUGGGAAUAUUCACAGCCUAAAGAACAAAAUUCAAAUUCUGACAAGUGAGGUGGAAGAAGAGGAGGAGAAGAUAAAACAGAUGUUUCACAUAGAUAGUGGGGUACUCUGUCUUCCAGAACUUUCUCAGAAGAGUCUCAAAGCACCCACACUUCAGAAAGAAAUUCUGACGUUAAUUCCAAACCAUAACGCUCUUCUGAAGGACUUGGAUGUUCUCCAUAAUUCAUCCCAAAUGAAGAAUAUGUUAACUUUCAUUGAAGAAGCCUAUAAGAGACUGGAUGCCUCUUAAAGAGUUUCUUUUAGACUAUUCCAUAUUAAUUUAAUGUUUAUGAAUUUAUAAAACUGUUACCUGUGAUGAUAUUGCAGAGGGUGAGUCUUCUUCAGGAUUUAUUUCCAAUAUGCACUUAAAAUCAGCCUUACAGAUCUCUUAGCAUCUAAUGUCCUAAAAACUGUGUUUGAGUAGUUGCCCAAACUAGGGACUCACAUUUCUGUUGCUGUGUUUCUGGUUACUUGCCUGAAACCAUGAAACAAUGAACAGCCACAAUCUGAUGAUUUAUAGUGACUGAAGAGAACUCAUUUAUUGGUUAGUGCAGAGGAAAUGUGAUACUAUCAUAUGUAAAGUGUGUGUAGUACCCGGUACAUAGAAACAUAAUUGUUGGCUAGCAUUAUUAUUCUUUACCUUAUGACUUGCAUUUUCUCUGUGGUUAUCUGGAGGUUGAGAAAUCCCCAAAUGUCUUUAUUCUUUUACAUAACUCCCUCAACUUUUGUGGCAUAAUUAAGAUUUGCCAGUUGUCUUUACCUUUGGAGGUAGCAUGACCAUUUUAUUUCUUUAGUGGGGUUAUUGACUAGAUGUUGAAUAUUUUCCACUGUCAUCAAAGGAUACUUUUAUUUAAAAGGAACCUAAGCACAUUUAUCCCUUAAAAGAAAAAUCAAACAAAAAAACCUUUUUUAUAAACCUUUUCUCAUUGUAGCAAUAAGUAUAUGUGUAUAUAUAUGUGAAUAAAUUAUCAUUUGAAUAUAUUAAAAAACUUUUCUGGUCACUACAGU